ACCAUAAAAGCGGCGCAGGCGGUGCCCGGCGGGAGGUGGGAGCUGCGGGAUCAACUGCUGCGAGCGCCACCGCUGCGUCCCCUCGCCACCACCGUGUCCCUCGGCACCGCCUGCCCCGCACCGCUGCCGGUCCGGCACCGCCAUCCCUCGCCAGGGCAUCCCACCCACAGAACCAUGAUGGUGAUGCCAGCUGGCACAAGUCAAGUCCUGCUGGUGCUGCUGCUGUGCUGGGUGGCCCCCAGCAGGCAGGAGCUGGCCCCAGUGCAGCUGCGGCUGGGGGGACCACGGGGGCCAGCUGGAGAGGGCCGGCUGGAGGUGCUGUACCAGGGGCGCUGGGGCACCGUGUGCGAUGACGGCUUCGACUUCCACGCGGCCACCGUCGCCUGCCGACAGCUGGGUUACACCGCAGCCAUCACCUGGACCCACAGUGCCACCUACGGCCAAGGGGAAGGCCCCAUCUGGCUGGACAACGUGCGGUGUGGAGGCAGCGAAGGCUCCCUGGCAGAGUGUGUGCACAAUGGCUGGGGCAUCAGUGACUGCCACCAUGGCGAGGAUGCUGGCGUGGUGUGCUCAGGACAGCGCCUGCCUGGCACCUCCCCCCAGGCUGCCACCUCUGGUCACCUGGGAGAGGUGUCAGGACUAACCCUGGAGGAGGUGCGGCUCAAGCCCAUCCUGGCACGGGCCAAGCUGAGCAUGCCAGUGAUGGAGGGUGCCGUGGAGGUGAAGCACAAUGGGCGCUGGAGGCAGGUGUGUGAUGCCAGCUGGACCAGGAACAACAGCCGCGUGGUCUGCGGGAUGCUGGGCUUCCCCCGGGAGAAGCACAUCAAUACCAGCUUCUACCGAAAACUCUGGGACAGGAAGCUGAAGGACCCCAACUCCAGCCUGAAGACCCUCAGCCAGAAGAACAGCUUCUGGGUGCACAAGGUGCGGUGUCAAGGCUCAGAGCCCCACCUGGCCCGCUGCCCUAUGCAGGUGGCCCCACCAGCCCCCCGCCAGCACGCCUGCCCCCACGGCAUGCACACCAUCGUCAGCUGUCUCCCUGGCCCUGCCUUCCAGAAGGGCACGGGCAAGGGCAAGAACAAGAACAAAAUCACCCCAGGAAAGGUGCUCCCAGUGCGGCUGCGAGCGGGCACCCACGUUGGUGAGGGCCGGGUGGAGGUGCUACGCCACGGGCAGUGGGGCACUGUGUGUGACAAGCAGUGGGACCUGGCUGCAGCCAGCGUGGUGUGCCGGCAGCUGGGCUACGGGACAGCGAAGCAGGCCCUGGUGGGAGCCCGGAUGGGACAAGGUCUGGGGCCCAUCCAUAUGAGCAAUGUACGGUGCACUGGCCAUGAGCGCUCCCUGGGCGAGUGCCGCUUCCAGGAUGCGGAGCAGAAUGGGUGUCGGCACGAGGCUGACGCUGCUGUCCGCUGCCACAUGCCCUACAUGGACUUCAAGAGCCAGGUGCGGCUGGCCGGGGGCCGCAACCCCGAGGAAGGCGUGGUGGAGGUGCUGGUGCCAGUGCAGGGGAGGCUGCAGUGGGGUGCUGUGUGCGGUGCACAGUGGGGCCUGAAUGAGGCCAUGGUGGUCUGCAGGCAGCUGGGGCUGGGCUUUGCCAGCCAUGCCCUCCAGGAGACGUGGUACUGGGCAGGCAGCCCCGAUGCCAGCCGGGUGGUGAUGAGCGGGGUGCGCUGUGCCGGCACCGAGCUGGCCCUCCAGCAGUGCCAGCACCAUGGCCCUGUCCACUGCCCCAGCGGUGGGGGACGCUUCUCAGCGGGGGUCACCUGCACUGCCCACGCACCAGACCUGGUGAUGAACGCCCAGCUGGUGCAGGAGACAGCCUACCUGGAGGACCGGCCCCUGGGGCUGCUGUACUGUGCCCACGAGGAGCGCUGCCUCUCCCGCUCUGCUGACAACAUGCAGUGGCCCUAUGGCCACCGCCGCCUCCUUCGCUUCUCCUCCCAGAUCCAUAACCUGGGAAGAGCCGAUUUCCGACCGAGGAUGGGGCGUCAUGCCUGGACUUGGCACCAGUGCCACCGACACUUCCACAGCAUCGAGGUCUUUACUCACUAUGAUCUGCUGACGCUCAAUGGCUCCAAGGUGGCCGAGGGGCACAAGGCCAGCUUUUGCCUGGAAGACACCAACUGCCCCGAUGGUCUUCAGCGACGCUUUGCCUGUGCCAACUUUGGCGAGCAGGGGGUGAGUGUGGGGUGCUGGGACACCUACCGCCAUGACAUCGACUGCCAGUGGAUUGACAUCACUGAUGUGCCACCAGGCAGCUACACCUUCCAGGUGGUUGUGAACCCCAAGCAUGAGGUGGCUGAGUCUGACUUCUCCAACAAUGUGAUGAGGUGCCAGUGCAAGUAUGAUGGGCAGCGUGUCUGGAUGCACGGCUGCCACACAAGUGAUGCCUACGGUGCCGAUGUGGUGAGUGAUCUGGAGAGACGGGAGCGCCUGGCCAACAACCUCGUGUGAACCCCUGGCAUUGACAUGGUCCCAGCAGCGCCACAGGAGAGUCCGACUCCCGCGCCCCAGCCCCUGUGCCCUGGCACCACUGGACUGACCUCAGGGACUUGCAGGCUUUUGUCUUUAUUGAUGCUGCUGCAGAGGAUGGAGAUGAGUGCCGGGGCCGGCAGGGAGUGCCUGGGGGUGCCCAGUUCGUGCUGCCAGCAGGACUUCAAAGAGUGGAGCAAGUACCACAGCAGCCCUCAUCUCCACAGCCCCAAGCCCCCCCGGGACAACUACCUCAGCCUGCCCAGCCCCCAUGCUCCAGCAGACUCAGGGCAAUCCCCAGCCACCCAUGGACCAGUCCUGUCUUCAGUAAAGGUUCUGUGAGCUGGGAGCACGGAGCUGUGCCAUGGGAGAAGGGGUACUCCCUUAUCAAUCCCUCCUCCUUUCCCUGCAGUCUUUGCCAUUAGGAUCACGAAGCCAGUCCCCAGCUGGGAACCACUUUGUCUAGGCAAUGUGUUCCUGGCCAGGCAAUGUUUCCCCUGUGCCACCCACAGCCACCAACUCCCUGGCCGUCUGCAUGUGGCUGUCAUCAAGCAGCUCUGGCUAGCCAUCAGUGGUCCCCAUGGGCCAGGGAACCCUGGCCCUGAACUGGCUAGCCCUGUGCAUGCAAAAAGACCCAGCCAGCCCUGUGGCAGCAUGGGCUGGCAGCCAGCCCAGCAGCCACUGUGUCUGCAGCUGACAUGCUGGGCUUUCCCAGGCUGUCCUGGCAGCUUCCCAGACAUGGGAGCUGUGGUAGGGCCACUCUGUUCCCUCAAAGCCCUUGCUCCUGGGCACGGUGUGGGGACACAGGGUACACUGUGCCCCUGCUCUCCAUUUCUUACCUCCCGUGGUUUCUAUCUUUUUUCUUACAACAGGAAAUAAAAGGGAAUG